AUGGAACUUGCGACCGACCCAAACUUCGGCGGCGUAAUCACUAUCAUAGGCUUCCCGGAAAUACAUCAUGAAUUGGCCACUUAUAAGUCAAAGAUCGCCGUGAUACCCACAGGACAUGCCCGUGGUUUGGUAUUCGACGACUAUAAGGCGCCGGGGAUCUCGACCUUAAAAUUGUGGCCCUCGAGCAGCUUCCGUUUGCCAGACUUGUCGCCGCACACGGCCAAUCAGCCUACGCUCGCGGAAUGA